AUGUCUAUACGCCGUUUCACUACAUGUUGGUCUUCUGCAAGCUUAUGGGCGCAUCGACAGACAUACUUGUAUACUCUCAAUCGGUUCAGAUGUUCAUACAAAGUUGUAUCAAGAAACUAUUCACUUAAGACCGAGGGGAUCCAUAAAAACGGCAUCGAAAAUACCCAGGAUCAUCAGCCCCGUACAAAAUUUGCUGUGGCACACGACGAAUUGCAUUCCAGCAUUGUUGAAGGCAACGUGCAGUUGUUUGACGUAAGGAACCUGAGUGAUGUCGAGUCCACGGGCAGUAUACCGGGUUCUGUCAAUAUACCUCUUGUGGAAUUAAAAAAAGCUUUUAGUCUAAGCGAUGAUGAGUUCGUCCAUAGGUUUGGUGUAUCAAAACCAAAAUUGGAUGAUAGUAAUAUUGUGUUUUAUGGAUUAUCAGAUGUAACAGCUGCUAGUGCCUGUGAAAUCGCACAUAAUCUGGGAUUUAAACAUAUUACCCCAAAGGUUGGACAGAGUGGUCAGUGA